CUCCUUACCGUUCCUUACCUGAUGGAAAUGAUGGAAGAGACCCUCACUCACCUCACAGAUGCAGGGAGCAGUGAAGUGUCUUUGAUGAAACUUCCUGUUGGAAUGCCUCACAUCAAUGCAGCUGCAGCUCUGCAGAUUUCCAUGCUGCUCUUUGCUCUUCCUGCACAGUAUUUCAUAUCUCAGUGGUAUGGAACGGACUCUGCCGAGCGCAUCCAAAUAACAGAAAGGAUAAUUGCCUCUUGGAGCAUCUCAACAAGAUCCUACUUGAGUUGGGAUGCGUGGUCAGAUCGUUUAAAGCUGUGGCUCUCAAAGACAAGGAAUUGGUACUAUGGAGAAAACAAAACUAGAAGUGGUGACAAUGAAGCAAAACCCCAUUCUUAUUUUACAGAAUCAACUCAUGUUCACAGCCCAAAGCCUGAAUAUAUUAAGUUCCGUGUGGGCCAGGUAAUAAUUCACAGAAGAUUUGGCUAUUCAAGAGUCAUUGUUGGAUGGGAUGUAAAAGCUAACAUGCCAGAAGAACGACUACAACCCAGAUAUCCUCCAGUGAAACAGGAUCUAAAAGAUACCCCUCACUAUCGAAUUCUAAUUAACAAAGCAAAUGGAUUUGGCAAAUCUACAGCUUAUGUUCCUGAGGAAGAGAUAACAAUUAUUAUGGGAUUAGAGGUGUAUCACCCUGAUAUGGAAACCUACUUCAGUGGAUAUGAUGGCUCAAAAUACAUUAUGCAGCCAUGGUUGAAAAAACUCUACCCUCAUGACUGAGUACUUCAGUGUCUGUUCAUACAACAGAUGUCCUUUUUAAACCUGAGCAAACAGACACCAAGAUAAAAUGUGUAUUUUUUUUCCUUUGAUGAAAUAAAACAUUCCUAAACAGU